CCCUCAACCUGCAGGGAACGGCUGAGGCUGAGGGUUUGAGGCCAGUUAUCCAUUAACCCACAGUGGUCGCUGCACGCUGGGAACAGAUUUGCCAUGGAGCUCUUCAGGCACGGUCUUGUAUUCACUACUGUGCUCCUUAUAGUUUGUAUCGCUGGACCCCCCAAUGGCGCUUUGGCAGAGCCAUCAUUGCUCAUCCACAACAUGGACAUUGAGUGUAAGGUAACAUCGCGCUUUGCUCACACUACGAUUGUUGCUGAGAUUGAGAACCAGUUAAAUUCAUCACAUGAAGCCGUGUUUGAUGUGGAACUUCCCAAAACAGCGUUCAUAACCAAUUUCAGCAUGACCAUUGAUGGAAUCACGACUGUUGGUGUAGUGAAAAAGAAGGCCGAAGCAGACGAGCAGUAUGAAAGAGCAAUAUCCAAGGGCCAAAACGCUGGACUGGUUCAAUCUAUUGGACGGAAAAUGGAGAAUUUUAAAAUCUCGGUCAAUGUUAGAGCACGGGCUACAGCGAUAUUUAAACUGACAUACGAGGAAUUGCUGAAAAGACACCAAGGGAUAUACCAACUGCAACUGAAAGUGGAACCCAAACAGCUGGUAGAAAAUUUUCAGAUAACAGUAGACAUAGUAGAACCUCAAGGAAUCAGCUUUGUCAAUGCAUUUGGAGGUUUCUUGACCAAUGAGCUAAUGGAUACAGUUCAGAUCGAUCACAACCAGAACAAGGCUCACAUUGUGUUUAAGCCGACACUGGAGCAGCAGCGUAAAUGUCCAGGAUGCACAGAGACUCUUCUGGACGGCGACUUUGUCAUCAAGUACGAUGUCAACAGAGAGAUGUCUGCCGGAAAUAUACAGAUUGUCAAUGGGCAUUUUGUGCACUACUUUGCUCCCAGCAUACUUGACAGGGUCCCCAAAAACGUGGUGUUUGUUAUUGACUGCAGUUUGUCCAUGAGAGGCCGCAAGAUAAAGCAGACAUACGAGGCCUUCAUUAAAAUUCUGUCAGAUUUGCCUGAGGAAGAUCACUUCGGAAUUUUGAAAUUUAGCAGCAAUGUAGUAAAAUGGAACGACGCCCUCCUGAAAGCAACGCCCGACAAUAUCCAAAGUGCAAUGAAAUUUGUGAGCAAAAUCAAGGCAAAGGGAGGAACUGAUAUAAAUUCAGCUUUAUUAUCUGCCAUCAAGAUGCUGAAAGACGGGCGAGAAGCUGAAAUAUUCCCAGAAAUCAGCGCUUCAUCUAUAAUAUUCCUCUCUGAUGGAGACCCAACGCUUGGUGAAACCAACAUUGCUACAAUAAUGAAGAAUGUGCAGCAAGCCGCUGAUGGUGUGGCAACGUUGUACAGUUUGGGAUUUGGUGCAGACGUAGAUUAUAGUUUCCUAGAGAAAAUGUCCUUAGGAAAUGGUGGUCUGGCGAGACGAAUAUAUUUGGAUUCUGACUCCGCUUUACAGUUGCAGGAUUUCUACAAAGAAGUGGCAAACCCUGUCCUCCUUGAUGUCAACCUGAGAUACCUCAAUUUACCUGUCAAUGAUUUAACCCAGAACAGCUUCAAAUAUUAUUACCAAGGCUCUGAAAUAGUUGUAGCUGGACAAAUAGACAGUAACAAUGUAGACAUUCUCAUCGCCGAAGUUGCGGCACAAGGUAUGACUGAUCCUUUUUCCAUGAGAGUAGAGACCGAUAUAAGGAAUGAUGUGGAAGUAGGGGCAGAACAAAAAUACAUAUUUGGAGACUUCACUGAGAGAUUGUGGGCUUAUCUGACCAUAGAUCAAUUACUGACCAAGAGAAUUUCAGCUGGAGGUGAAUUAAAUAAGAACUUCACAGAGAAGGCGCUCGACCUGAGCUUGAAGUACAACUUUGUGACUCCUCUGACGUCAUUGGUUAUUACCAAAUUAGAGGAAAGUGAUGACUCCAUAACAAUGGUGGCAAAGAAGCCAAAGGAGGAUAGUAAGUUUUCAGAUGUGCCUGCUGUUUCUUCACCUUCAUUUGGUGCUAUGUCACAAUAUAUCCGGACAGCAGCCAGGUUAAAAACAAGGAAACCAGUACGCUUAGAUUGUUUAUCGUUUCCCGUACUUAUUAGUGCUGCUGCUCUCCCAGAGAAGAUGUGUCUUGGAUUUUCUGAGCCUCCAGGUGGAAUUGUAAACUUAUUUCACAAUUCAGACAGAGGGAUCACUCUUAAUGGGAAACUUGCUGCAGAUAACAACGGCUUUGAUAAACUUGGACUUGUGCACAAGAAGAAGAUGGUGUCCAUUGAGAUAACUGCCGAAAACAUCACAGUGACAAAAGGUCGAGAUACACAGGUUUACCCAUGGACAGCAGUGGCACAAACAUUAUGGGUUGUAAAGAAAGAAGUUGAUACAUUAGUCGCAUCAUUGGAGCCUGGACUGAAGGUCAUUAUCUCUUUGGUAAAACAUCUGGAUCUUCUCAAGCUUCAAGUGGAGAGCAAAAGAAGAGAUUCCAAUUACACCAUUGGACUAGUUAGCCAUGUGACAAGUGAUAACAACAUUACUGUAACAUUUGGUGACAUCAGCAUCCAUGGCAAAAGCUUUCCUUCCAGUCGCUCCUGCUCAUGUGAUGUCACUUCUUUUGGAGUAAAAAAUCAAGGAUGUUGUGUGACAUUUACAUCUGAUGAUCUGACUGCAGAAGCGAAUAAUAUUGUAGAAAAUAUUUUUGAUAUUCCUCCUGCUUAAUGUGGACAAGCCCAAAUACAUCAUAAAAUAGUAUAAAAUAGUAACCAGCUCAAGACACACAGAGAAUAAAGAACCACGAGUGCAUGACUUCAAACGUUUUCUGUGAAUUAUUAGCAAGACUCCAGAAGAUGUACAAUUUGUACCAGCUGUACAUAUAUAACGGCAGUUGAAGUCGUACGUUUACAUACACCUUACUCACAUUUGCUAAAAACUCAGUUUUUCACAAUUUCUGAUAUACUCUUGUGUAUUGAUCCGUGUCGUUUUCCUGAUUUUCACCUCAGAAUGAACCAUGCUGUACCACACCCUCUCUUCCUUCCCAACGCAUCUCUCCCAUAGAAGUUAUAGUGUUAACAGGGGACAUUUAACAAUCAUAGCUCCUCUUUUUAUCUAGCACUGGGGUUAGAAUGAAUAGCUCUAUAUGAUCAUUUUAUGCUAGGGACAUUAGGUGGCCUUGACGUGGCGAGUGGGCUUUGUACCUUUUGAUCAAAACAUAUAUACUAACAACCUGUUAGUUUUUGUUAUUAUGCUGAGAAGCAAUUAGAUCAUAAUACAAAAUUGUGGAUGUGCGGCCAGGUCUGUUUUUUCUACCAGAAUUCACUCUAUAUGAUCAUGGUAUCACCUCCAGAUGGUCAUAAUUGUUAUUCUGAUCUGAUUUUUUGUCUCUUACAUUUGGUCUAUACCUUCAGGCUGAAUAUAGGUCAUGCCUGUGCUGCCUGUUUUGUCUCUCCUAUCCUAUUCCCCAGGAGUUUUAAUUGAGUAAUCCUGUAGUGGCUCUUCCCUUUGAGCACCAGCUUCUUCCCCACCAUCUCCUUCACCGAUCAUUGUCUCUUUAUGCAGCUGCUCUUGGUUCCAACCCUGGAACCCUGCCACCAAUGUUCCUUCUUAGGUCUAGCACCCUCCAUGCUGGCGUGGCUGGGACUGCUGUGUUUGCCACACCUCCAAGUUGGCAAAAGGAGACAGAAGCGCUUCCAUGUCCAGGACCACCAACAAGUAUGUUGAAAAAGAAGGUGAAUGUUAUGCUCACCUAUCACAGUUGUGCAAUAACGAGGCACAACGCUCAGAGGACAAUAAGGAGAUUGCAUAUGAUGCUUCGAGGCUGCUGCAGCCUUCCCACGCCAGGAUGGCGUGUGAAAAAUCAAAGCAGGACACAAUGGAAAUUAGGGAAGUAUUCCCGCGCUGCCAAACCUCAAAGGAAAGGUAAGAGUUGAUGUUUUUGAAAAUAUCAAUUUAUUAAACCACACACAACGCGUUUCAAAGCCAAGACAGCUUUUUCAUCAGGCGUGUAAUACAUAUAAAAUUGUCAGUAUUUAUAAGAAAAAAAGGGGGGAGGUGGGAGUGCAAAAUUAGACCAAAACGGAAAUGACAAGUAAAUGGGAGGAGUAUAGUCCAUGGAGGGCUCCAUACAUACAAACAAAAACCAUUUGCAGUAAAUAAUAAUAAAAUCCAGAUAUUAAAAAUAUAAAAGCAUACACUUUCAAAUAAAUACAUAUCAAAUCACAUGAGCUUAUCUUACAGUCCUCGAUCAUCUCAUAAAGCCCUUCUGGAUUCAAAGUGUAUUUUAAAAAUCCAGAAUGACUCCCAAUUUAUCAAUUGUUGAAAACGAUUUAAAAAAUCCACUGGGAUGGAGUCAAUAACACACAGAGAAAGGCCAUUCAAAUCGCCGCCAUGAACUAAAGUCAUGUGCCGUGAUAAACUAUGUAACAUGAAUUUAUUAUUAAUAUUAUAGCGAUGUUUAUUAAUUCUUGCAUGCAAAGUCUGUAUAGUGCGGCCAACAUAUUGGGUACUGCAUUUGCAUGUUAUUAAAUUAACUACAUAAGAUGAUGAACAGUCAGCAUAUGUUUUUAAUAUAAAAUUCUCGCCUGUAGAUUUAGAACUAAAACUGACUGUUCCACCUUUUGGUAUCCAAGAGCAACAAAGACAUCUAGGAUUUUUGCAUGCAAAUGUACCUGCACUAAUAGAAUUCUUGCCAGAAUAAAUAGAUAGUUUUUGUUCCUGAUUUUUUUGUAAUUUUUUCAUGCGGCUAGGAGCAAGAUGAUUCCGCAAGGUUUUUGCACGUCGGAAUGUUAGGGCUGGUUUUUCAGGUAAUAUUCAUUUUAAAAUGGGGUCAGAAAGUAAAAUAGGCCAGUGCUUAGACAGAAUAUUACGAAUAUUGGCAGUGCAGGAAUUAUAAUUAGUGAUAAAAUAAAAUUUUCUGUCUAAGGUACCUUUUUUUUAUUUUGAUUGAUAUUCCUUUUGGGAACAAUUAGAUUUUUCUGUUGUAGUUUUUUUUAACUCUAUUAAAAGCAUAAUUUUAAACUUUUGUCGGAUACCCUUUUU